UUAACCUUAAACUGUCAAACUUGUAAAUACUACGAGGUACUUAUAAUACAACAUUAUGAUAGAUACAAGAGAUAAAAUUAUACACAAGUUUAAUACGGAAUUAGGAACCGAUUUAACAGGACUUAAUAAAAUAUAUGAAUUUCAUCAAUAUCUUAAUACACAGAAAAAUGAAAUUGAAAAAUCGUUAUCCAUGGCAUCAACUGAAGCUCCCUCAAAAGUAAAAGCAGUGAUUGAGAAUGUUGAAAGAAUAAGUAUUGAAUUUCAACAAUUAAAAGAAGCUUCUACAGAAUUUAAAGAUGACAUACAACAAAUGAUGCAUGAAAAUGAUAAAAGUUUGGAAAUGCAAAAAAUUAUUGAUGUCAUAAGCUACUUAGAUAAAUCUUUAUCAUAUUUGAAUUUCAUAAAAUAUGUUGAAAACAUCAGUGACGAGAUACAAAUGGCUUUAGCAAAUGGUGAUGAUGAAUCAACUAUUUCAUUAUAUACUAAUUUAACAGAUAUUAGUUGUCAACUUCAAUCAUCUACUUGCCAUUAUCUUCAAAGCUAUGUAAAAGAGACACUUCAUUUUUGGCAUAACCUUAUAAAAGAUAAAUUAUCAAAAGAAUAUAAUGAUAUAUUAAAAACAUUAAAAUGGCCUUUUUGUGGUACUAAUGCAAGUUCAUUACAUACACCUAUGCCAGAAGCAUUAACAAAAUUUCAAAUACUUACAGCGUAUUUAUUAGAUUUACAGUUACCAGAGGAAUCUGCAAAGUCAGUAGUAACAUCUACACUAUUAACUGAUUUUACACCUGUUAACUUACCAAUUUCAUUAUUGGUGAGGCCACUUAGGCAAAGAUUUAUAUAUCACUUUACAGGUUCUAAGUUAACAAAUCGACAAGAUAAGCCAGAAUGGUUCUUUACUCAAAUAUUAACUUGGAUUAAAGACCAUGUUCAGUGGGUACAAAAAAAUGUACAACCUGCUGUAAAUUCAAUAGGUUUUAAUCAAGUAGACAUGAAGGUAGAAUUUAUGAGAGCCUUAGUACAAUUAGCAGUAGAGAAACUUCAUUCUGAAUUAUCAAUAGUACAGUAUGAUGAUGCUUUAUUUGCUCACUUAGUUGAUGAAGCUUUAGGUUUUGAAAGAGAAUUGAGAGAAACGUUAUUUUAUCCUCCAACUCGGCCAGCCACUGUUUAUGUCCUUACACAGGCUCAUAUUUUUGUAAAAUGGAUAAAUAUGGAAAAAGAAUAUGCCACUGAAAAAAUGGAUGCCAUUUUGAGUUCAAACACAGCUUGGGAAAAAUUAUCAAAUUCUGACACUGAUGACAUGAAAGUAACUGAAUGUGCAGAUGCUUUUUUAACACUUCUUAUAACAAUUUCAGAUAGGUAUAAGCAUUUACCACAACCAGGUCAUAGGUUGCAGUUCCUUGAGCUACAACUAGAAUUAAUUGAUGACUGGAGAGUAAGACUGCUACAACUAUUACAUGAAAAUUAUGAAGAUCCUCUAACAUCUUUAAUGCCAUGUAUUCUUAAUACAUUACAUUAUGUUGGAACGGUUCUGGAAGAGUGGGGUGUAACAGUACAUUUCUUGCAAUUAUGUUUUUUCAAAAAACAAUUUGAAGCAGUUGAAACUGCUACAUUAGAAGGAAAUGAUAUUACCAAAAAUGUAGGUGAAGUUGAAGGUUCUGUGUUUGAUGAAGCUGUCGCUCUCCUAAGAAGAUUAGAAAAGGAACUGAUAAAUGAAAUUAGUGAUUCUGUAGCUUUAGAUGUAAAAGCAAAAAGCAGAUCAUACAGAACAGAUAAGUGGUUCGCAAUGCAGUCUACUAAAGAAGUGGUUUCUUUAUCAGUUACACCAAGUGGUUAUUCUAUGUUUCAAGAAUUAGCAACACAGCUCAAUCUGUUGCAUAAUACACUUGCUUUACCAUUAUUUCACCAGGCUUGGAAAAAUUUAGCUUCACAGCUCGAUCAAUUCCUUUUGGAAGAAGUUGUUUUGGUCAAUCAUUUUAAUACAGGUGGAGCUGAACAAUUACAAUAUGAUAUUUUUAGAAACUUGUUUCCACUAUUUGGUUUAUAUAUUAGUAAACCAGAAUCAUAUUUUCCACUAAUUAAAGAAGCAUGCAUUUUGUUAAAUAUUACGUUGGGUUCAGCAAUGUUAGUUGUUGAAACAUUUAACAACAAUCAAACAUUCAAUAAUAAUGAAAUAACAAGAAAGGAAAUACUGGCAGAUAUUGGUGUUUAUAAAAUAUCUGCUGAGCUUGCUUUAAAAAUAAUUGGAACAAGAACAGAUAUGACUUAUAUGUAG